GGAUCAGGGUUCUGAGGUCCGUUUAUCAAACAGAACUCUGAUUAUUUGAAGCAGCUCCUCAGAGGAGACGAUCUGCUGCGUUUAUUCAGGAACCUAAAUCCUCUGAGGCUGAUGAUCAUGUGACCCUGCAGCUGAUCAGUGAUGUAAUCAGUGACAUCAUCUGGUCUAAAGAUGGCGGACGCUGUGAGGACGCUGUACGCCGUCCUGAUGGUUCUGUCCAGCGUGGCGUCGGUCUGUGGGAACCUCCUCCUGCUGCUGGUCCUCCUCCUGAACAAAGAUCUCCACUCGGACACUCUGGGUCUCACCCUGAGCUUCAGCCUCAGUGAUCUGGCCCUCGGACUCUCCACCAUCCCCUUUGGAGCUCACAACAGCCUCUUCCAGUCGGACGGAUACCCCAGCGAGGGAACUCUGUGCCAGGGCAGCGGCUUCCUGUUCCUGCUGCUGCAGACCUCCUCCAUCCACUCGCUGAGCUGGGCCACCGUCGACAAGUUCACGGAGAUCUGCUUCGCCCUGAGCUACUGCAGCAUCUGGACGGCGGGUCGGAGCCGGGCGGUGCUGGUUCUGGUCUGGCUCUUCUGCCUGGUGAGCGCCGCCCUGCCGCUGCUGGGCUUCGGCAGCUACGCCUACAGCGAGUCUCGGUUCCUGUGCUGCCCGAGCUUCGACCGGGACCACAGGUACUUCGUGGUGCUGUGGAUGGCGGCCGGCAUCGUGGCGCCGAUCCUCACCAUGUGCUCGCUGUACGGGUACAUCGUCUACGUGGCGAGGAAGCAGGCCAGGAGGGGGACGUUCAUGUGCAACGACCAGCAUUGCUUCUACGUUCCCGCCAACAACUACCUGAGGAGCUCCAUCGUCAUGGUGUCCACCUCAGUGUGUCUGCUGGUCUGCUGGCUGCCCUACAUCUCAGUGUGUCUGUACGAGACGUUCAGCGGUAACCAGAGUCCGCCGGUGGCCUCGGCCUUCUCCGCCUGGCUGGUUCUGACCAGCGCUGCCCUCAACCCCUGGAUCACCUGCAUGACGCAGACGUAAGUACGACCACACAAAGACAACCGUAGAGCUCGUGGAGCAACAGCAUCACAUCACUAUGACGCCUUAAUGACGUCACUUCCGCCUCCUGCCUCUCUGAGUCCAGCAGGUACAGGGCAGCAAUGCGGCGAAGCUUCCGCAGGUUCAUUCAGAGGUUUCCAUGUUCAGAGACGUUUCUGGAGUCCCGCCCCCAGAGCCCCGCCCUCCACAUGGAUGUGACCAAUCGCAUCAGCACAACACCACCACCACC